GAAGCGAUGUCUAUGUUACUUGCCUUUUGCCUCGGGGAAUGGAUCAACGCAUACCUUGCGAGUAAGAAACAUCGAACGCUCAAAGAUCUUCGAGCCAUGGAAGACUUUGGGCCAUGGCUUUACGCCUGGUUGAAGGACGACGGUACCAUUGAUAACCUGAUAUGGAAUGCCGAACAAGAUCAUGACUGGCGUUUACCCAUCUACUUGUUGUUCGUUGCGGAUUAUCUAAAGUACCAACCGGGUGAAAUCCCCGUCUACGGAGCCCACUAUACCCUGCGCCCAAGCUAUCAGAUUCUGCAACGUUGGUCGCGCGUGAAUUAUGAUAAACAUACGGCCAAUGAUCCACAGAUGACUGAUGACCACGUCGUGUACUGCGGCCAGUUAAGCACAAUCGCCUUCGUACCGGAGACGGCAACUGGACUCAUACAACCCACAGCGACGUUUACGGUGACGAAAGAGUUCUACCACUAUGACGUUGGCCUUGAAUGUAGUAGAGCACCAUCAGACCAGGAUUAUUCCAGUGCAAUCCAUGACAGCCUCGCCAGGCUGAGCGAUAAAGAGGAUGUCAUUAACAAAUUCAAGUCUUGGAUCCAGACAAUUUCAGACAACUACCAAUCGCUGCAUUUUGCCAAAUGGAACAAUGCCGUGGACCGCUCAUUCUCGCAGGACAAAUGGGCUGAGGUUAACGACUGGCCCGACUUGCAUCUAUGGACAUGUGAUCCAAUGGACACCCAGCCGUGCGGCUCACAACUUCUGCCACAAACCCAAGUGCUUAUGGCUGAAUCUGGAGCCACACCCAUAGAGAAAGUACGGACAGGCGACAUGAUGCUCUGCUCGAUAGAUCCAGAGAGAUGUGAAGCGGUUGAGCAAUUGUCUCGUGUGUCGCAAAAAGUUACACUGAUGGGAUUUAAUGGAGAACCCGCUUUUGCCACCGUAUCGCAGGUAUUCAGAACCACAACGGGUCUACGUGCCGUUGAUCCUCGUGCAGCGCACGCGUUGAAUCCCUUCCAGCGGGUUGGACGACUGGCAGUCGGCCAUUGCGUAUACAGGCUCCACGAGGGCUUGUAUCAAGUAGUGGAACUCAAUUCAAUUGAAAUCAUGCCUCAGACUAUGCAGACACUUUGCGGAGUGUCGCUUAGAGGGGGUGUGCAGUGUCAUCACGCCAAUGGAUACCUGGUCGCCUGUAACGACCCCGUAUACUCGGCGAGAUCAAUUGCAAAUCAAUUGGAGCAACUACCCGUGGCCAAACGUCAGUCGUUCCUCGCCAGUUGUGAGGAGCUCUCACCGAUCUUUCGACAACACGACAUUCAGACCAUCAAAGCCAGGUUAGACCGCGAGAUAUUUGACUUCCAACAAGCCCCGUGGCGCGUAUUCCUGCGUAAACAGCCCACCGCCUGGCAAUCCAAGGGGGAUUUUCUAGAUACGAUAGAAAGCCGGUUUCGAUUGACUGCAUGCCAUCCAAAACUCUUACCGUCCGGGUAUCAACUACCAGACCUGGUUGUUGUUGAUGGAAGGAUUGUCGCCGACGGUCAAGUGAUAGUGCAUACAGCGUGUGAUGAGGCUUCUAGGACAAUCCGAUGGACUCGAAAGAUCCCACAUCAGCAUGAGUAUGAACACGCAUACUUGCGAGUUUUUUCUAACAGAGUAUCGGGCUCAGGAGUCAUUUACCUUACGGCUGAUGCCAUUCCAACAGGCGUCCAUGCUACGGCAAACGUCCAUCCUUUCCGCGCCCUUUCGAUCUGUCCCACUCAGGAAAGCGUACAGCGGAAAGGUGAUAUUGAUCCGUCGUUUACGGCUAACCACACAUUUCAGCUACAGUUUGAUAAAGAGGUUUGGCCAGCGGAUGUUCCGGAUUGGAACAACGUGAAGAAUCCCGUCGAUGGCGGACAAAUCAUCUUCGGCUCCGUUACUCCUGAGGAGAACUAUAGCGUUCAGACAGCCCGGAUACCUCUCUUAGACGAUCUUCAGCAGAAGAUAAACAGCAGUUACGGAAAAAGCCUUGAGCCACUCUACCGCACCACGCAGACGUACCUCAAGAACGGUCAUACGCUCUAUACGGUCCAAAUGAAUCGGGCAGCGUGGGUUCCUUUCCUCGCGGAAAACUGGAGCAAGGACAACAACUUUAAUGUCACCUUCAAAUCGGAACUGAAUGUUGGCCUGACCCUCCCGUGCCUGUUCCAGGAGCUCAAACUGGAAGUAGAUCCCCUGUUUCCGAGCAAUAACAAGGCAGUCCUAUACGAAUAUCAUCCCUCCAUGCGUGGGAUGAAGGGGAAUCGGCACUAUGUUUCCAUCACGAGAGCACAGCCGGAGAGCGAAUACUUUCAGCGAAUGCGAGCCACGAUCUCUCGAGCUUUCAUAGAAUAUUCAUCGCUGCCCUUGAAGGCUAACGACCGGCAGCCGGCAGAGGUCACCACGCACCUUGACCAGUAUCGGGAUCUCGACGUCCCUGGCCUGAUUGACCAUUAUGAAUAUAACGAUCAAGUCCACAAUUCUACCCAAGGAGUAAUCCAAGACAUGAUGCUCUAUCAUAUGAAUCAGGACGAUCGGGAGACCUUCACGCAACUGAGCAAACCAGAUGAUCUCCCAGCUGAGCUUGCCGAUAAGCUCAGUGAUGAUAUUAAAACGUUCUUACGCACCAAGUAUGCCCCUGCAUGGCUAUGUCAAUCCUUUGUCGCCUCCGACAAGUAUGCAGGCAAGUUCACGGACAAGGAGAAAAAGAAGCUCUGGUACUGGUGGCACGGGAAUGGGAAGAAUUGUCUCGCUCAGGCAACGGAGUACAACGACAUCAACAAACUCGCAUCGACAGAAGCGGUCAAGAAAUCCUAUAAAUCUUGGAUUAUGCCUUACCUGCAACAGAACCCACAAGACUGGGCGCAGAGGAUGUUGAAGGUUUUACAGGUCCCUGUGGUGUUGGACUUUUUCGUGCAGAAUCCCAUUCAACCCGCAACGGGAAGAACCAAUGCCAUCAACCAGCAAGCCACGAUCAUGCACGUUCUGGAUCCCACUGACAAUCUUCCGGAUAGCUGGUGGCAGAGGAUCAUGACUUAUACGAUGCAACGCGGUCUGGAGAGUCCCACAAUUAGCGGAGACCAGGAAGAAGCGCGUCAGUUCCUUGGGAGUGCAAUAUCCACACUGAUCAUCAAAGUAAUCUCUCCCGACGGCACGAUCCCCGGAGAGGUCCAGUCGGAGCUACUGAAGGACGUGGAACAGUAUGAGACAGACAAUAAAUUGGACCAGAGUCAAAGUGCAGAAAAGCGCGCGGCCAACAUUCUUAGUCGAGAAAGUGAUAUGCUGGAUGAGGCUAGCAAAUGGGCUACCGGGGUAGCGCAAGCCGGCCUAGACGAAGCGUACAAUGGCGCCUCAUUAUACCAAUGGGCCAAUCAGACAUUCGACCAGCUCCAGAACAAGUACAAUACAAGCAAAAACCUGAAGGGCAUAGUCUCGGCAGGCAUGGUUGCUUUUAGAAUGUUCCAGGUUGCCAAAAUUAUGGUCGGCCUGGUCCAUGACUGGAGCUCAAUGACGGAUGAUGAGCGAUCGAAAUCGGUUCUAGAACUGCUGCAAAAUACGACCAAGGGUCUCGACAACGCUUUCGAGACCUGGAAGAUCUGGAAAGGGAGAACAGGUAUGUACGUUGCGGACCAAGUGGACACUAUGGAGCUAGACCAGGGAACGUAUCGUGCACUUGACGAGCGUGCGUCGAACUUGGCCGCUAUGGGGGAGGAGGUGAAUGGUGAGGGUGGGCUCGGUUCAGCAAUCGGCGAGCACAUUGCAGGAGACGGGGUCCCGACGGAAUCGACGAUCGAGGAGGAAUUCAACGAAUCUGCCGACGAGAUCCCGGACGGCUUAACCCCCGCAGAAGAAGAAAGUGCAUCCGAGUUCCGGAUUCAGGGCAAUGUCUUGAAGAUCCUCUCUGCGGCCUUGGGACUGGGCAUCGCUAUUGCCAUGACCUUUAGCCUCGUUCAUGACUGGGACAAUCUCAGUACAUUCGACAAAGUCAUGGGCGUGUUGGCCGUGGUGGUUCAGUUCCUGACGGUAGCCCUGGACAUAGCAGAUGUAGGGAUCAGCACUGGCCUCUGGACGGUGAGCGCAACACUCGCUGCCGCCAUCCCUGUAGCUGGAUGGGUCUUGAUCAUACUUGGGGUCCUCCUCACUGUCAUAAGCUUCCUGGUUCAUCUAUUUGGCGGUGGCGCGCCGCCAGAUCCUGUGGAGAAGUAUAUCGACCAUACCGGCAAACCGCUCAUUGAUGGGUUUACUGAGGCACCUGAUCCUCGACUCGACUACUCGGUUUCGCCUUCUCGCUUAACCCCGGGACGCACUACCCAGCUUACGGUGAUUGGCACCAACAACACUAGCCAGGACGUCUCUCUGGCUGGUGUCUCGGUCUCGCUAUAUAGUGGGGAUGAUGACAGCUGCGUGUUCAGUGACACGGAGAACUUUGUUCUGGUGGACGAAGACGAUCCUGACAGCAGUCAGCCGGAUCAUGUCUACAUCUCGCCUUCCAGUGUCGCUAUUGGAAGCUUGCCGUUCCGGACCACUCUGCAGGCCGAUAGCCGGGUCUAUUACCAGUAUGAUUUGCAGGUCGGGGGCCCCAGACAAGAGAAGCAACGAAUGCUGCAACAGCUUGUCUUGAAACCAGCAGCUCGCUUUUCUGCCGUGUGGACGGCGACGGUGAGUACGCAGGGGUCAGAUGUCAAGGUGGAUGUUGUUGAGAAGACCAGCGAUGAUAUGAGCCAUGCGCUGUUGAGUGUUGGCCUGUCUUGA